AUGGAUUCCCCAUCUAGCGUUUCUUCUUGUUCCUCCUUCUCUCUCUCUUCUUCUUUUUCCACCUCACCAAUGAACAGUGACUUUGGCUUCCCCUCUGAUAGUGAAGGGGAGGACAAGGCGGCUCUGGAGCCCACGCCAGACACUGUUGGGCAGAGUGGAGCUUGUCGGCCCAGUCCCGGUCCUAUCCGCUGCAGGCAUCGACCCAAGGUUUACAAUAACCAGCAUACAGCAUCUCACCUGAAACAGCGGGGCUUGGCUUCUUCUGUGGCAGGAUCUGUGGUCAAAAGGUCAAGACAUGGUGAAUUGGAAAACAUUCAGGGUUGUACCACAGAGGGAGACCUGCUCUUUGCUCAGAAGUGUAAAGAGCUCCAAGGAUUCAUUCGCCCACUCACAGACCUACUGAAUGGGCUGAAGAUGGGUCGCUUUGAGAGAGGAUUGAGCAGUUUCCAGCAGAGUGUGGCAAUGGACAGGAUCCAACGUAUUGUAGGAGUUUUGCAGAAGCCACAGAUGGGGGAGCGUUACCUAGGAACCCUGCUGCAGGUAGAAGGGAUGUUAAAGAGUUGGUUUCCUCAUAUAGCUGCGCAGACAUCAUCUUUGAGUGAUAGCAGGCACCAACUGGUCAAGCACUAUCUUUUGCCAAGACACCACACUAAUCUAGCUGUCUCCUCUCCUGCACCUCCCGUGGAAAAGACGAACCAGACACAGCUUGGACAUCUAGUUCUGAAACAGAAGCAGUCUUGGCACCUUACAGAAUGGCCAGCCAUGGACCUGACCUGGAUCCACACAACUCCAAUUUGCAACCCCCCACUCAGUUCCCCAGGUACCAUAUCCUUGAACCAUGGUCCAUUAGGCACUGGAACCAGCAUUGGUGUUAUCCUUUUACUGCAGCAUGGAAUGCAGCCCUUCAUGCAUUCUGCCCCAACCACUCCAGCUCCACCUACUACAGCAUCUCCUGACCCCAGUAAUCCUAAGAAACUAUCUGGAGAAGGACUUUGUUGCCACAGUUUGCCAGUGAUUCUGCCUUGAGACUAGAACUGUACUCUGUCCUUUCCUAGACCCACGAUGGCCAGAGAGAUGACCAUGAGACACCUAAAACAGAUACGGAGCCAUCCUCUAGUUGUUCUUAAUGGCCACCUUCUUAACCCCUAA